AUAGGCAAACACAGGAAGCUCAAAGUCCUUGGCAUUUCGUCCGGGGGCGGGGCUUAGGAUAAAAGUGGGUUGCUGUGGUUGCGAAAGAAUUUUAAGUCCCGCCCCCGGACGAAAUGCCGAGCUUUCAGCAAGUCCCCGACUCACUGACGCACUGACGCAGAGAGCAGAGUUUUAACGAACAAAGAAACCUUCAGAAGCCGUGACAGCUCUUCGUCCGGACUCCAGAUGCCAUGGCCGAGCAGAACAUUGAAGCAAAACUCAAGAUCCUCCUAAAGCAGCAGAAGAUCCAACUGUGGAACCCCCCGUACACCCUGGACAACCGACCCAGCCCCGAGCACAUGCAGGAGCUGUCUGAGCAGUAUGCCCCCCUGCUGGGCAUCUCUGCAUUGGAGGUAGGGGGCGCUCUGGAGUCGAUUCGCGCACAGGCCGUGAACAGGGGCAAAGGAAACCAGAUGUUCAGAGAAACCAGUGUGGCAACGCUAGAGCUGCUGCUCCCCCGAGAUGCCAGCAAGGAUCCAAAGACGAAAACCUUCUUUCAGACCAAACUGGACGUGUCAGCGCAGGAGCUUGUGGACAGAAUCAGAGAAGAUUAUGGACUCAAAUCCAUCAAACUUAUCCUCAAUGGGAGAACUCUUAAUGUGGAUCAACGUUUGGACGAGCAGGGCGUGAGGAACCACAGUAAGAUGAUGGUUCUUCGAGUGAGCGAUGCUGAGGAACUCCAGAAACAACAGAAUCAGAACCAGAGUCUGCAGAGAACUCACAAAGGCUUCCAGAUCCUGUCCGAGAGAGAGGAGGACCUGGACUCAAAGCCUUUCCUGGAAAUCGCAGACCAAAAAGGAAACCCUCUGAACAUCCCUCACCAGGAGAAAAAGGCUCUUAUUUUGGCGAUGGGCUUCCAUGAAAAGGGGCGGUCCCUGAUGAAGAGGAAGCAGUUUGACAUCGCGUUGUGCCACCUGCUACAGGCCGACCAACAAUUCAGUAAGUGUGGGUCGGCGCUGCUCAGCUCUGUGGAUAAUUUUGCAGUUCUGCAGUUGGACAUCGUGUGGUGCUACCGUGCCCUGGAGGCUCUGUCCUGUUUAGAGGACGCGAAAUCUAGACUGCAGCGCGCCGAGUCAAGUUUCCUCCAAGUGUACGGGGAGCAACAACAACGUCUGAGGAUGAUUAAGGGUAACACAGGUCGAGAGGAGGUUCUGUUCUUGCGUCUGUAUCUGCUUCAGAGUCUGUUAGCCUAUAUCGAAGGCAAUGACGCUCAGGCCAAACAACAGCUCUCAAAGGUGGAGGCUCUGUACAGACGUCUGAGUCCAGACACAGAGAAAAUGGAGCAGCUCAUGACUCUGGGCUUCACCGAGAGAGAAGCUCGACUGGGACUGAGAGCUUGUGAGGGAGAUGUCCAAGAAGCAGCACUACACAUCAGCAACCGGAGACAGGAGCGUGAGGAAAUGAAGGCAAGGGAGCGUCAGAAGCGGCGUACUCGUCUUGAAGCUGUUACAGUUUUAACCGGUUUCGGCUUUAACCGAAAAGAUGCAGCUCGAGCUCUGAACCAAACCAAAGGAAAUGUAGAUCAAGCCUACACUAUUCUCUUAAACUCAAGUCAAAUCACUGUGGCCACAAACAACAAUUCUCUGGAGGCAGUGAGUCCAGACAAAGUGGAACAGCUCCUGUAUCUGGGCUUUGAGAGGCAGCACUCUGAAACAGCGCUCAGACUCACUGAUGGAGACGUUCAGGCCGCUGCACAGCUCUUACUGGAGAACCAGGGGGAGCUCCCUCCGGAUCUCACCCAGGAAUCAAGCUCCUCAGGCCCCACGCAAGAGGAAGCUGCCCCCUCCGCCUCCACCAGCACCUCCAGCACCUCCACAGAGGAUGAUGAGGUGGUGAGCGAGGUGUUGGAGGACAUCUCUCGACAUGAGGAAGAUUAUCUGGACCUGACUCUGGAGGAGGAGAGUGAGCUCAUCGCAACGCUGCAGUCCCACCUCAGCCGCCCCACGCAACUGCUUUAGAUGCCACCCACUGCUUAUGAAGGGCACUGCACCGUGACACAUUUUGAAGGAGGCCUAUUCUGCAAAAUGGGAUUUUCAUAGCUUUUAACCAUGUUAUAGUUGUUUCCCCUCACCAUUUACCCUCUCCAAGUUGUGUUUGGAGUGAUUCGUGUAUGUUUGAGCAAUCAUUAAUCACUUUUUUAAAGACCGUAUAGUUCCCAUCAACCCUCAUUUUCCCAUUGCUCUGUAAUUACUUCAUUUUCCAAUUAUAUUUUCUUAAUCUGUGAUACACAUAGGAUUUGGCAGCGUUUUGGUACAAAAAAAAAUCCAGUGCUAGCAACUAUCCAUAGGAGGGUCCGACAGCAUGCUGCGCUUUGUUGUGAUCACAAUUACGGUGAUGUCUGCGUUUUUUUUAUAUUGCAAUUUAAAACGUGCAAAUUAUAACAUUAUAUUAAUUUAUGUCAUUAAUCAAUUAAUAACUUUGAAAAAUAUUGAUUUAAAGAUACAAACAUGUACGAAUCAUUCCAAGCACAACUUUGGGUGAGUAAAUUGUGAGGGUAAACAACUAUAACAGGAUUAAAAGCUCUUGGCAGACUAGGUCUGAUUUAAAGGCACUGCACCAUGACAGAACAAGUUAGUUCAUUUUAAACUAACCAGCCCAGUUCUAACUGCAUUCUUUGGGGUUUGUAAAGUUCAUAAGAAAUGCUUUAUAAUUAGAAGUAAACAGGUCUGAGACACGAAACACAGACAAAAGAAAUGAUACCGGUGACAGCUCCAAACAGCUGUCAAACGCAAUAAUAAUGUAUGCAAACGACACUGCUCUGUGUUACUGUGGCACAGUGAUCAUGUCUCCUCUCGGUGAGGAGGUUGUGAGUUGGACUCCAGGACUCAGACUGGAAUGUGCAUGUCCUCCCUGUGCUACCGUGGCAGUGAGUGGUUAUCCUUUGUAUUGUGUAAGUGCCAUCUUUGAUUAUAUUACAUUUACAAAAAAUUCAUCUGUUUCAUUUCUCUAGUUUUAAAUUAUUCCAUAUACAGUCAUGUUUGUAUGUGGGUAAUGUGUCAGUUGUUCCUGUUUUGAAACGUUCUGUGUAGACCGUUUGAUGUAUUAAGUUUCUAAAAAAACAAAAAUAUUUUCUUUGUGAAGAAAUCAUCUUGUAAAUGAUAUUUUCUGACUUUGAGUCAAUAAAGACGUUGAGUUUUCAUG